UUAUCUAAUUUUUUGUUUAGGUAACUGAUGUAUAGAAAAUGAAUUUCUUUUUUUUUUAUAUUUCAUUGAUGUUGUUAUUAGCUGAAGAAAGCAACCAGCAAUGUUUUUCUGGUGUCAAGUUCAAGUCUAUUCCACCCAAUCAUUUAUACAAUAGGUUAAAAAAGCCACUUGUUAUUGGCUAUUUAGGUAAUAUUAUUCGCUUUCAAGAAAAUUCUUUAGAAGGCAUGAUGAACUUGAUUCAAAUUAAUGCAGAUGGUAUGCAUAUGCAGGUUCAACUUACAAAAGAUAACCAACUGAUUUUAUUUGGCGAUGACAACUUUUAUAGAUUAACCAAGGAAGAUUUCUUAGUUGAAAAUCUUCCUUUUUCUGAGAUAGUUAAAAUGAACAUACAGAAAGAAAUUGAGUAUAAACUUUCAGAUUCUACAACGAUUAAAAAAAUAUAUGGCAGUACCGUAAAAGUUCCAUUAUUAUCGACUGUUUUAAAUUCCAUUAAAGGAAAUAAUAAGUUAAUCUAUAUUGAGCUUGUUCCUAAUCAUAUACCUCCUCAAAAUCCUUUGGAUAGGCACAGAGCAGUCGAAGUUGCAAAGUUAGUCGGGAACUUAGUUAAACAAUUACAACUCGAAAAUGAUGUUUUUAUUGUUUCAAAGGAUCCAUUUAAAAUUUAUGCUCUUAGCUACUAUCAUCCACAACUUCAGUUUGGAUGGUGGCCUGAUGUUAAAAUGUUUGAUAAUAUUACUGCUUAUAAAAUGAAAGAAGAAUACAAUGAUAUACCUGUGAUAUACGAGUCAAAUUGUUUUGAUGGUACUGAAAACGGGUUUCUGUUUGCUAAGUAUCUUUUAACAUCUGGUAUGUUAGCGAAAUCAAUAAAUAGCACGUUAAUUGAUUUACCUUUAGAGAUAUAUAGCAAUAUGACUUACUUUUCUAACAAAAUAACUGAGACAAAUAUUGUUCCAAUACUGCAAAGUAAUUACGGUCAAGGAACUAGUAUUGGGCUGUUUGGAGUAUUCUCUGAUAAGUCUGCGUUAUAUUCACCAGAAGACGACUUAAAGUUCAUAAGGUCUUUAACGGAUAAUGGACUCACACGUUUUAUUACAAAUGACGUUAACCGCGUGAAAAUUGCUCUUCAGAGAAUUGUUUUAGAAUCCAGUAGUACUAGUUUGAAUUCACCUCGAUGGCCCAUUUUAUUGGGUUUGUUUAUAUCAUUUUUAUGUUUAUAAUAAUAAUUUUUAAAAUGAUUUUGAUGAUGUAAACAUAGGGAACAAAACGUUAAUCUUUUAUUUUUAAUAUUCUUGUUUGUACUAAAAAAAUGUUGAUGCUAUUAUAUGUGGCUAAAUUUAAUAUUUUCAGUAUCUUUUUA